GGCGGGCCGCGCUGUCUCCCGGCCUGUCUGGAGCUCCGCGGCUGAGGCGGCGGCGGCUGAGGCGGCGGCGCAGGCACCGGCCCGGGGAGGGAGCGGCAUCAUGAGCGGAUCGCAGAACAAUGACAGAAGGCAAUUUCUGCUGGAGCGACUGCUGGAUGCAGUGAAACAGUGCCAGAUCCGCUUUGGAGGGAGAAAGGAGAUCGCCUCGGACUCCGACAGCAGGGUGACCUGUCUGUGUGCCCAGUUUGAAGCUGUCCUGCAACAUGGCUUGAAGAGGAGUCGAGGAUUGGCACUCACAGCCGCGGCCAUCAAACAAGCAGCGGGCUUCGCCAGCAAAACCGAAACAGAACCUGUGUUCUGGUCCUACGUGCGGGAGGUGCUCAGCAGGCACGAGCUGCAGCGCUUCUACGGCCUGCGCCACAUCGCCUCGGACGUGGGCCGUGGCAGGGCCUGGCUGCGCUGUGCCCUCAACGAACACUCGCUGGAGCGCUACCUGCACGCGCUCCUGGCUGACCGUGGCAGGCUCAGCACUUUUUAUGAAGACUGGUCUUUUGUGAUGGAUGAAGAAAGGUCUAGCAUGCUUCCUACAAUGGCAGCUGGUCUCAACUCCAUACUCUUCGCCAUUAACAUUGACAACAAGGAUCUGAACGGGCAGAGUAAGUUUGCUCCCACCGUGUCGGACCUCUUGAAGGAGUCCACGCAGAACGUGACCUCGCUGCUGAAGGAGUCCACGCAGGGCGUGAGCAGCCUUCUCCGGGAGAUCACGGCCGCCUCUGCUGUCUCCAUCCUCAUCAGACCUGAGCAGGAGACCGACCCUCUGCCCGUUGUGUGCAGGAAUGUCGGUGCUGACACCAAGGGUAAAAAGGAGAGAAAGAAGAAAAAGAAAGUGACCAACAUCAUCUCAUUUGAUGAUGAGGAGGAUGAACAGAACUCUGGGGAAGUUUUUAAAAAGAUCCCUGGGGCAGGGGAGAGCUCAGAGGACAAUUCUGACCGCUCCUCCUCCAUCAACAUCAUGUCGGCCUUUGAAAGCCCUUUUGGUCCCAAUUCCAAUGGAAGCCAGAGCAGCAGCUCCUGGAAGGUUGACUCUCUGUCUCUGAAUGGAGAGCUUGGGUACACAAAGCUGGAUGUGAAGAGCAUCGAUGAUGAGGAUGCCGAAGACAAUGAGGACGGCUUGUAUGGACGCUCCUCCACGAGGCAACAGGCUGGCCAUUCCGAGUCGCCUGAGAAGCCCCUGGAUGGGAACAGCUGCCUCUCCCAGAUGCAUAGCUGGCCUCCACUGCAGGUGCUACAUGGUGACACUGAAGUCCUCUUCCCCGUGAGCGGCGUGGGCUCCUAUAGCCCAGCAGAUGCCCCCCUGGGAAGCCUGGAGAACGGCACGGGCCCGGAGGAUGGUGUCGUGGCCGAGGCCGGGCUGCGGUUCAGCGUGGAAGCCAGUCCUCCAGGCCAAGGAAGUCCCUUGAGCAGCCUGCUACCUUCCACCUCGGUGCCAGAGUCGAUGACAAUCAGUGAACUGCGCCAAGCCAUCGUGGCCAUGAUGAAUCGGAAGGAUGAGCUGGAAGAAGAGAAUAGAUCUCUGCGGGGUCUGCUGGAUGGUGAGAUGGAGCACUCGGCUGCGCUCCGGCAAGAGGUGGACUCCCUGAAAAGGAAGGCGGUGGAGCAGGAGGAGCGGCAUACCAUGAAGGUGCAGGCACUGGCCAGAGAAAACGAAGUGCUCAAAGUCCAGCUGAAGAAAUAUGUAGGAGCUGUCCAGAUGCUGAAAAGAGAAGGCCAAACCUCCGAAGUUGUGCCAAAUCUUUGGAGCAUGGAUGGAGAAGUCACAGCCGCAGCCCAGAAGCCUGGGGAAGCUACUGAGGAACUGGCCAGCUCCUAUGAGAGGAAGCUCAUUGAGGUAGCAGAGAUGCACGGUGAGCUGAUUGAGUUCAACGAACGCUUGCACAGGGCCCUGGUGGCCAAGGAAGCCCUUGUGUCCCAGAUGAGGCAGGAGCUCAUCGAUCUCCGGGGGCCGGUGCCUGGAGAUCUGAGUCAGACAUCCGAAGACCAGAGCUUGUCGGAUUUUGAAAUAUCAAACCGAGCGCUGAUCAACGUGUGGAUCCCAUCGGUGUUCCUCCGUGGCAAGGCGGCGAACGCGUUCCACGUGUAUCAGGUCUACAUCCGGAUCAAGGACGAUGAGUGGAAUGUCUACCGCAGGUACACGGAGUUCAGGAGUUUGCAUCACAAGCUGCAGAACACAUACCCUCAAGUGCGCGCCUACAGCUUCCCACCCAAGAAGGCCAUUGGAAACAAGGAUGCCAAGUUUGUGGAGGAGCGAAGAAAGCAGCUCCAGAAUUACCUGCGCAGUGUCAUGAACAAAGUCAUCCAGGCGGUCCCCGAGUUUGCUGCCAACCCCAAGAAAGAGACUCUGAUUCAGCUGAUGCCUUUCUUUGUAGACAUCACCCCUCCUGCGGAGCCCAUCAGCAAGAACAACCGGACCAGGGUGCCUUCACGCUUCUCCAAGCUUUCCCGAGGCCAUCCCAGGGAGACGCGCAAUGUGGAACCCCAGAGUGGUGACCUCUGACCUCAACAGGACCCCAGACAGGGGCCCUGCAUUCUGCUCCAGCCGCCUCCGCCCUGGCAGCCAACCCCCUCACCUUCUGAGCGAUGUGUGGCUGCUGCCAAGUCCACAGGGCACUCCCUCCCCACGGGCCAUGUGACACUCCAAGUAAACUGCUCAGUUCGGGA